CCGUGCGGAGCCGGGCCGGGCCGAACCGAGCCCGCCCGCCGCGCCCCGAUGAAUGGGAUCGCCUUCUGCCUGGUCGGGAUCCCGCCGUCCGCCCCCGCGCCGACGCCGGGCCGGAGAGAUGGGGCGUCCCCGAACGCCAACGCGCCCCCGGAGGGGGGAUCCUUCCCCUGGGUGGGCCCCAAGACGGUGGCGCUGCGGAAGAGCUCCCAGGGCGGCUUCGGCUUCACCCUCCGCCACUUCAUCGUGUACCCCCCGGAAUCGGCCGUGCACUCGGCCAAGGAGGAGGAGAAUGGGAACCGAGCAGGUCCCCCCCGGAGCCGCCUGGAGCCCAUGGACACGAUCUUCGUGAAGAACGUGCGGGAGGACGGGCCGGCGCACCAGGCGGGGCUGCGCACGGGUGACCGGCUGGUCAAGGUGAACGGGGAGAGCAUCAUCGGGAAAACCUACUCGCAGGUGAUCGCCCUGAUCCAGAACAGUGACGAUGUGCUGGAGCUCUCCAUCAUGCCCAAGGACGAGGACAUCCUCCAGCUGGCCUAUUCCCAGGACGCCUACCUGAAGGGCAACGAGCCGUACUCCGGGGGGGCUCAGAGCAUCCCCGAGCCCCCUCCCAUCUGCUACCCGCGGAAAACCUACCCGUUCCAGGCCCGGGGUGCCGAACCAGCCCCGGGACAGCCGCCGGACCCCCGCGCCCCCGGCCCGAAACACCGGGGGGGUCCCAGCAGGGAUUUCCCCUGCCCCCAACCCCCCCUCCAACACCGCCCACCCCCUUUGACAGACGAACCCACCAGCCCCAGCAUCGACCUGAAGGCCAAGCACGUCCCGGCCUCCUCGGUGGUGUCCAGCGCCAUGAACUCCGCACCCGCCGUGGCCACCAGCCCCGCGUCGCCCACCUUCGCCUUCGCCCUGUCCCGGCACUACUCCCAGGACUGCAGCAGCAUCAAGGCCGGCCGCCGCUCCUCCUACCUGCUGGCCAUCACCACCGAGCGCUCCAAGUCCUGCGACGACGGUCUGAACGCAUUUCGGGACGAGGGGAAGAUCCUAAGGAGGAUGCCCAGCCGGGUCCCCAGCCUCCGCAUGCUGAGGAGCUUCUUCACCGACGGGUCUCUGGACAGCCUGGGCACGUCCGAAGACGCCCGUUCCAAAAGACACUCAACCUCCGACCUCUCGGACGUGCCGUUCAGCGCCGUGAGGAAGGAGGGCUGGCUCCACUGCAAGCAGAUCCUCACCAAAAAGGGGAAGAAGGUCGGUGGAGGCAUCCGGCAGUGGAAGCGCGUGUUCGCCGUGCUGCGCACCCACUCGCUGUACCUGUGCAAGGACAGGCGGGAGGCGGUGACCUGCGCCCCGGCCCCAGGUGAGGAGGAGCCGCCGAUCAGCAUCCAAGCGUGCCUGGUGGACAUCUCCUACAGCGAGACCAAGAGGAAGCACGUCUUCCGCCUGACGACCGCUGACUUCUGUGAAUAUCUCUUUCAGGCAGAGGAUCGGGAAGACAUGCUGGCCUGGAUCAAAGUCAUCAGGGAGAACAGCAAGGCUGAGGGCGAGGACCCCGGUUUUGCCAGCCAAGCCCUUAUCAGCAAGAAGUUAAACGACUACCGGAAAGUGAGCCCUGCGGGCACCAAGCCCGACUCGUCCCCCAAGGGCCCUCGUGGGCUGGGGAUCCGAGCCGAGUUCCUGAAGCAGACGGGAACCAGCGCGCCCCGGUCCCCCAGGCAGGACGCAGCCGUCACAAAAGAUGAAAGCAGCUCCCAAAAAGCCCCGUGGGGCAUCAACAUCAUGAAGAAGAACAAGAAAUCCGCCCCGCGCGCCUUCGGCGUGAGGCUGGAGGAUUGUCAGCCUGCCCCGGACAACAAGAACGUGCCCCUGAUCGUGGAAGCGUGCUGCAAGGUGGUGGAGGACCGCGGGCUGGAGUACAUGGGCAUCUACCGCGUGCCCGGCAACAACGCGGUGGUGUCCAGCCUGCAGGAGCAGCUCAACAAGGGAGCCACCGAGAUCAACCUGCAGGACGAGCGGUGGCAGGACCUGAACGUCAUCAGCAGCCUCUUGAAAUCCUUUUUCCGAAAGCUGCCCGAGCCUCUCUUCACCGACGAUAAAUACAACGACUUUAUCGAAGCCAACCGCAUUGAAGACGCCAGCGAGAGGAUGAGGACGCUGCGGAAGCUGAUCCGGGACCUGCCAGGCCACUACUACGAGACCCUCAAAUUCCUGGUGGGUCACCUGAAGACCAUCGCUGACCACUCGGAGAAGAACAAGAUGGAACCCCGAAACCUGGCGCUGGUGUUCGGCCCCACGCUGGUGCGGACGUCCGAGGACAACAUGACCGACAUGGUGACGCACAUGCCCGACCGCUACAAGAUCGUGGAGACCCUCAUCCAGCACUCAGACUGGUUCUUCAGCGACAAGGAGGACAAGGGCGAGAAGACCCCCGUGGAUGAGAAGGAGGCUCAGUCCGUGCCCAACAUCGAGUACCUGCUGCCCAACAUCGGCAGGACGGCGGCGCCCGGCGAUGCCGCAGGCUCGAACCGCAGCGGCUCCGCCAAACCGAAGGGCACGUGGCCGUCGCGCAAAGCGCCGCCGCACCGGGAGCUCCUCGCCAUCCCCUUCGUCUCGGCCGCCGCCCGCAAGAGGAAGAAGAGGAGAGAGGCCGAAGGCGUUGGGAGCAGCACCGACGACGACGCGGAGCGCAGGGACGGCCCGGGCCGGCAGCAGGAGCGGGAGGGCCCCGCGGUGACACCCGGCAAAGCCCCCCGCGGCACCGGCACCGAGCCCGCGGCUCCCGGCCCGGCCGGGAUGGAGCGGGAAUGCUCCGCCGAUCCCGCGGGAGCCGGAUCCGAGCCGGCCCCGGACGCCCGCUCCAUCGUGUCCGGCUACUCCACGCUGUCCACCAUGGACCGCAGCCUGUGCUCCGAGGUGCACUCGGUGGCCGGGAGCCGCGGGGAGGAGGCGGACGACGAGCGCAGCGAGCUCAGCCACAUGGAGACGGACACGGAGAGCCGCGAGGGCGGCCGGGGACAGGCCGGGGUGGGGACAGGCGACGAGGACAAGUCACCCCUUGGCCGCCCCUCCUUCAACUCGCACCGCCUGAUCCAGUGCGACACGCUGGCCCGCAGGAAGCUGGGCAGGCCGCGGCCGGCCGGGGACACCGCGGGGGUGGCCAGCGGGGACGAGCAGAGCUGGGUGGCCCCCGGGCGACCGUGGCUGCGGGAGCAGCUCCGGCAGCACCUGCGGGGCUCCACCGAUGACAUGGGGGUCCGCCUGCGCCGGGCGCACUCCCCCGAGACCCGCCGCAAGAAGAGCAGCUGGCGCCGGCACACGGUGGUGGUGCCCGGUGGCCUCAAGGACCUCAACUUCAACGAGUGGAAGGAACCGCGGGGGCUCGAGGGGACACCGGGACCCUGUCGCGACAAGGACUCGGGGCUCAGCAGCUUGGAGUCCACCAAAGCCCGGCCCGCGGUUGCCCCGCCUGGCACUGGCGGCCCGGGCACGGCCACCGAGAGCCCCCCGGGCAGCCCCGGCCCCCCGGCGCCCCUGCGCUUCCCGCAGUGUCUCUGAUCCCCCGGGCAGUGUUUAAUUUAAGGAUUGUCCCUUGUCCCCGUAUUUAAUUGUGCUCCGGACAAGCUGCUGUGAUUAUUUACCAGGUCCCGGUGGCCCCGCGCCUGGGGAGGGGGGACAAAGCCACCUCGUCCCCUCCACGCUUUGGGGACCAGCGGGGUCCCGCAGCCCCCAGGCAGUGCCGGGAGGGGCUGGCGGGGACUGUCCCCAGUGGUGGCCCUGCUGUCCCCAGCCGCGGCGGAGCGAAGUGCGGGCACUUCCCUGGGCGCUGCGGCUGCUCCGGCCGGGACCUGCCCCGGGUUGGGGACCCUGGGGACCUCGGGGUCAGAGACCCCUGUGCUGGGGACCUUGGGGACAUCAGGGUCAGAGACCCCUGCCCUGGGGACCUUGGGGACAUCAGGGUCAGAGACCCC